CUUUAUCAAAGCAGGAUUCACACAAACACACACACAUGCACCCAAAUAGAGACGCGUUGUUCAGAAUGCAGAACAGUUGGCUAAAAUCAGCCGUUCUAGGCAGUGUCGCCUUCUUUCUCCGAUUCCUUUUUUAUCUUCACUCAUUCAUUUUUUUCCCCUCCUCUGCUCUAGAUCAUAUUAAUUCUUUCAGAGCGUUUGGCACGCAUUUAUGAGAAAGAGAGAGGGAGAGAGAGAGAGAGGGAGGCUGAGUGAGAGGGAGAGAUGCAGGAUGCUGAUGAUGUUGCCGCAGCACUGAUGAUGCUCCGGAGGGAGAAUGCUGAGAGACACACUAAACUCGCACGCGUCCGUCUCGUUGCGUCUCUCUCGCGGCAGGCUGCCACUGAGGGAAGUUUAUAAGCGUGGCUAUUUUCAGCGUGCGAGCGAGCGGCGGACGCACGACUGCAGCUGCUCUGCGUUCACUGGUGUUUCUGUGGGGAUGUGAGUGAAGGAACAUGACACAGCCGCUCGUGGAAUAACAGCAGAACGAGGGAAAGAAUGGCAAGUUUCGGGAAACUUACGGAUUACUUUAACCGUCGGCGUUCCAGGGAUGAGCUCAUGGCUCGGAGGGACGGUCGUCGCAGUGGCAGUUACUGCUGCACGGUAGCCGAGGCCAGGUCUUUGGAGAGACGGCUACAAAGGCCUCUCUUGGCCAAAUCCAGAACAUUACCCAGCAUCCCUCAGUCCCCUGCCGCCGUCCGCGUGCAGCAGUCGGAGAACAUUUGUGAACGUCAACAGCGUCCGCGUGUUCCCUCCAGUCCUGGUGGUCUUGAAGCGUGUACGCUGCCUCCCGCAGGCGACAUGUGGCGGCUGGAAGAUGAAAAUGAGGCCGACGUGGCUCCGGGUGCCGGCGACCCGAGGCUGCGCUCUCAGUCGCCGUUCUCGCAUUUCCGGCGGCGGGCCGCGUAUCUGAGGAAAAGCAUCUCGGCUGACGAUCACCUGGGAGAGUCGGAGUUUGAACCCGCCCAGCCGGAGGGGAGGAGCUUCGCCGAUCCAAAAGUCAAACUGAAGAGGAAGUUUAGUCUGGGCUCCAUCGACAGAAAGGGAACACGGCAGAGAAGGACUGAGUCUGGGAUCGUGAAGUUCACCCAGAGACUCUCUUUGAAGGACAAACACUGCAAGGAGGACAGGAGUCUGUCAUCCAGACCUCCGGCCUACAGGAGGCGCUCUCUCAGCGUAGACUGGGCCGAAUCCAAAAUGACUCAACAGAUUCCAGACCCUCAUCCUCUGAUUCCACGUAAAUACUCCAGCACGUCAUGUUCGUCUCCGCCAAGCGCCGCGCGACGCCUUUACAGAAACCUGUCUGGAAAAUUCCGCACAGCCAACCUGGCUAUGGAUGAUACGACGCUCCCGAGCCAGUCAGACAAGGACCAUUCGCACAAAACCACCAUGUUCCAGGGAAACGAGGCUCUGUUUGAAGCCGUGGAGCAUCAGGAGCUGGACGUCGUGGAGUCCCUGCUGAACACCUUCAGUCUGGAGGAGCUGGACUUAAACACACCCAACAGUGAAGGGCUGCUGCCGCUCGACAUCGCCAUCAUGACCAACAACGUCCCCAUGGCCAAACUUCUGCUGAGAGCCGGGGCCAAAGAGAGUCCCCACUUUCUAAGUCUUGAAAGCAGAGCCGCUCACCUGGCCUCGCUGGUGCAAGAGGCGGAGCAUCGCAUAGCAGAGCUGGUUGCCCAGGUGACGGGGGAGGAGCCUGGGGAGAGGGAGGAGUCAAACAGAGAGAGACAGUUAAAAACGUGGGAAUGGAAGCUCCGCCUCUACAAGCGCAUGCAAACGGGAUACACACACGCCAGUCCUCCUGAGCCUCCCAGCGUUGUUCAUCUGUCCGUCAGCAGUAGCACCAGUCUCAGAGUUUAUUUUCAAGAGCCUCUCUGUCACAACUCUGCGGUUAUUACCAAAUACCGCGUGAGCUGGAGCAGCGUUCCUUCAUUUACUCCAUUACUGGGUGAGACGGUCAUUGAAGACGUGACUCAUCUCCACUAUGACAUCACUGGACUUCCAGCGGGUACAUGCUGUUAUGUCCAGGUAUCAGCAUAUAACAUGAAGGGAUGGAGUUCACCUCAGAUAUCUGAACCUGCUUGUGCUACAGUCUCAAGUUGGAGGGAGGUGGACGGCCUUCCGCCCCGCCAGCAGGGUCUGAAAGAGGCAUUAGAGCAGCUCCUGGGGCAAAUUAAAGGAGCACACCGUCACUGUGCCUGCCACGAACAAUGCAAAGCCCCGUCGAACACCAGGAAACACUCUGUGUCUAAAAGUCUGAGGCACCUCUUCCAGCCCACCAGCAAAUUUGUCAAAAAUCUGAAAAGAGGCCUUUAUCUGGCCUGUAUAUUUUAUAAAGAUGAAAACGUUCUGGUGACUCCAGAGGAUCAGCUGCCUGUCGUUGAGGUGGACGACUCGUACAGCUGUCACGCACAGGAUUUACUCUGGUUUACGAAGGUGUCACAUCUGUGGGAGGAGCUCACCUGGAUGCAGCAGUGCAUCAGUCCUGCACACGCCUCCAGUUCCUGCACGCUUCAGACGCGCCUCAAACUGCUGCAGGCGGCUGCACAGCUGCAGGCGCUCCUCGGCACCGUGGAUCUGGGACAGGUGUAUUUUGAGCCCAUCAAGGACAAGAAUGGUAACGCGGUGUUGGUGCUGAUGAAGGACGUGAGCGCGUGUGCGCCGCUGGAAGGCGUGCGCUGGAUUCCCGUCAGUAAAUUCCAGCUGCAGCGUAGAUCUUCCUCUUCUUCAUCAGACGAGCCCAGUGCACUGGAGACGCUUCUCACCACACUGCAUGAGAAGCUGGCGUAUCACCGGCGCAGCAGGAAGUGUCUGUCUCCAGGUUUAUAUCUGGGUUACCUGAAGCUGUACACCUCAGUGGACCAGAUCAGGAUGCUCGUGUCACACAAACACCCAAACGUACUGUGCCACGUCAAAAUACGAGACAACGGCCACGUCUCCAGAGAAGAAUGGCAGUGGCUUCAGUCGCUGAGUUCGCUGGAGGACAGCGCGAAGGUGUGCGACGAUGUCCAGAGCGCUCCACAUCGCCUCCUACUGGACCUGCGGACCGCAGCUAAAGAUUUACUCGCCCACAUCAACAUUCCCAACCACCAGGCACAGGAUUUCCGUGUGUAUGUGAAGGAGGUAGUAGAGUUGGGAGGGGGCGUGUCCUUCCUGUUGCUCCUCCCACCGUGUGAGGAGGUGUGUUCUCCUCCCGGACAGAAUCAUCUCUGCUCGCCGCGCUCUGGAUUCUUCACCCUGCCGCUGCAAAUCUUUGAAUUAGUUCACUUCGAGGCGUACUGCCCCAGUUUCAUCGGCCUGUACUGCCGCGUGUCGGCGCUGCUGGCUCUGGAGUCGCUGAUGUCCCAGCAGACUUUGCGCGAGGCGUUCUCCGAGUCCGAGCUCUUCGCCGCCAAGCAGAAACAUCAGCAGGUUGAGGAGUAUUUGCAGCAUCUGGAGGACCUGUGGCGUGAUGCGCGGUGGAUGGUGGUUCUCCAGUCGGCCCGGUAUAAGCAUCAGAGCUCUGGAGUGAGUCUGGGCUGGAUUAUUGACUUCUCCAAAGAGAGUAUUCCUGAAAAACCAGCUUCCACUUCCUCUCAGAUGGACUACCUGCCCUCACCGACCCCGUCACCGGAGAGCACACGCAAACACAACGAUUCCCACGGUCUGUCGGAUGAGGAUAACUCAUCGGAGGUGUUCCUCACCACCGAUAGCGAGUACAGCUCCAGUGUGGCCCAGAGCACCAGAGAACUGGACCUGAUUCCACCGUCUCCUACCAGCUUCAGAUCCGUAACAUCCACACACCCUUCCUCCUCCUCGCAGUCCUCGCCUCGAUCCUCACAGCCGGACGUGCUGCAGACCGGAGGAGGGAUGAGCAGACGCGAACACGUGAGCGCGUUCGAUAGCGACUUCAUCCUGCCGAGCCGUCAGAUCGAACUGCUGCGGGUCACAGAGAAGAGAACGGCGCUGUGCGUCCGCACCAGCAGUCUGGAGUACCCGCCUCCCGUCUCCAUGCCAACCACACCCACCAGCUCCUCCAGUCAAAAGCGAUGGACACGCCCCUCCUCCUUCGACCUCUGCUUCUCCGCCCUCGAGCCCCGCCCUGUGCCUGUGCGCACCCUAUCGGAGGACAGCGGCGUCCAGCGACUCUCCACCCACUCUGCCGGUUCAUCCCCUCAUAGGCCGUGCCACAGCACACUGAGAGUGUACCCACAAUACCGCACCGGCCUACCCAAAGAAACCAGUGUCAAAUUACGCGUGACUCCGGAGACGUCGGCUAAAGAGAUGGUUCGUCUGGUGGUCCAGGAGAUCAACGCCGUGUGCCAUCACCUGCAGAAAGCGGCGCAGCAGUGCACGUGUGUGGCGGGUCAGUGCGGAUACCCGUCCUGCGCGUCUGAGGUGUGCGUGUACGGCAGCGAGCAGCUCGAGCACUUCGGCCUGGUCCUGCUGGUGGAGGGCAGAGAGAAAUGGCUACAGGACGAUUUCUGCCCGCUCACGCUACAAAACCCAUGGACACGCGGCAAACUCUGCGUCCGCUUCAAGGAGUAUUCACCGCUCGCGCUGCAGUACAGCAGAGCCACGACUGUUUGAUCGCUACAACGUGUAAAUACACACACAUGCACACACACACUGGCUAAAGUGCACAGACUACUGAAGUUUUGGUGUUUUUGCUACUUGUUCAUUCAUUUUUGAAUUACUUCACAAGGUCUUAAGGUUCAUGAUUUGCGAAGCGGGUUCACCAGGACUGAUCUGCUCACCUACACUGGGUUAUAAUCACGUUAACCUUAUGAGAAAAGUACUGAUCAAUCACUAAUAAGAGUUAAAGUCAACAUGAAAUCAAAACUGAUGUAUUAUCAGUUUACUCCUUACUAUAAUGCCCAGCAUUCAUCAAAAUGACACUAAAUACAUAUAUAAUUAUUAUUUAUUUUAAAUAAAUGCUAUUCUUUUUAACUUUCUAUUCAUCAAAGAAUCCUGAAAAAUAAAAUAUAUCACAGUUUCCACAAAAAUAUGAAGCCACAGCUGUUUUUAACACUGAGAAUAAUCGUAAAUGUUUCUUGAGCUGCAAAGCAGCAUUUUAGAAUGAUUUCUGAAGGAUCAUGUGACACUGAAAACUGGAGUAAUGAUGCUGAAAAUUCAGCUUUGAUCACAGAAAUAAAUUACAUUUUACUAUAUAUUUACAUAUUUUAAAUAUUAAUAAUAUUUGACUUUUUUUUUACUGUUUUUACAGUAUUUUUGAACAAAUAAAUGCAACCUUGGUGAGGAGAAGAGACUUAAAAUUUAAAAUUGUUUAUACACCAAUUUUAGAUAGAUAGAUAGAUAGAUAGAUAGAUAGAUAGAUAGAUACAAUUAUAUAAAAUAUAUACAAUUUUUGUGAAUGUCAGGAGCAGUUGAUAUAUAUGUGUAUAUAUAUAAUAGAUAAAAUUAUAUAAAAUAUAUAAAAAAUUGUGUGAAUUUUAGGAACAGGUUAUAUAUAUAUAUAUAUAUAUAUGUGUAUGUGUGUGUAUAUAUAUAUAUAUAUAUAUAUAUAUAUAUGUGUGUGUAAUAGAUAACAUUAUAUAAAAUAUAUACAUUUUUUGUGAAUUUCAGGAACAGUUUAUAUAUAUAUAUAUAGAUAUGUAUAUCAUAGAGGAAAUUAUAUAAAAUAUAUACAAUUUUGUGAAUUUCAGGAACAGUUUCAGGAAAAAAAAAUUUUUUUGCAGUGCUCUUUUUCUCUUAGAAAAAAAAUUCACUUGGAAAUCCAUCACACUACUGAGGUACAAUUGAUUAAGAAUGGCAUUUCAUGUUGACUUUAACUGGUUACAUCACAUGUAACACUACAAUUUCACUUUAUUUGCUUGCUUGAUUUAGUGCCACUUUAACCAGAUGGUGUAAGUUCAGUCUAGACAGAAGCUCUUCCAUACGUAUUCCGAAGUGAAAUGUUUACAGCUCGCCAACGGUGGUUUGAAAUCACCGAACAAACGUUACGUCAUGAUUUUUUUGGUCAAUGCAUUCUUCCUCAGGAUACCGUUAAACCCUUCCACCAAAUUGUACACGUAAGCGACGGACUUAUCCAAACUGUGAAUACUCCAUUGAAUCACUGAACCUUUCUAUAACCGAUGCACUUGAGAACGAGUCUACACUGAACGCAUCACCAGAACUGAAGCUUUAUCCAAAUGAAGAGUGAUGUUAAACUUUGUUUUGAUCGUUUGCGGACAGUCACUUUGGACUGAACGAACAAUACGGACCUUUGCCCUAGAGUUUUGACUGACUCUUCCUGUUUCUACUGUUCAUUUGUGUUGCUUUGAGUAGCAUUUGAGGAGCGUUCACUUCUUGUUGUAGUGCGGUGAAUUUCUUCUGGAUAUUGUGUUUACUGUGUCUGUUUGACGACUGACGGACACACACAAGCGCGAAGUAAACGUUUUGGUGCAAUAAUAUUUUACACUGUAGCUCGGAAGCGGAUUUCUCUUCCAGAUGAACGUUGAUUUAUGGAAUUAUGUACAAAUACACACUCGAGCUGAUACACAAACGCUGUUUCAGAUGAUGUGUGUUUUGGCAUGAGACGUAAGACUGUUUGUGUGUGUGUGUGUGUGUGUUUGUGUGUACAUGUUCCUAGCAUGAGCUCAUAGUCUUAUGGCUGUCCAUUUGAUGAAAGCAUAGUUUUGAGCAGCUGCUCUGUGU